AGCAACAUCCAUUGCCCCGUUGCGGCAAAAGAUACCACCACCGGAGAUACCCUUUAUCAGAUGAGCUUCCGUUGCUGCAUAUACCUCGGCGCCUAUUCAGCCGAUUUCGCGUUUAUCUCGAUCCCACUUGCUAGAUACGGCUAAAUAGCCUCACGCCGUCUUCCACCUUGAACGAGCUUCAACACCAUUACCACUACCGCCACUACUACUAAGUAGUUCAACUGCUGUCCCGUUAGUUGCUAUUCGUAACAACCAUUAGAGUGCAAUGGGAAACCACGAGACUACCGAAGAGCUGACCAACGGUCAUGCCAACGGCUAUACCAUUCGCACCAAUGGACAUAGUAAUGGUCAACGCGCCCAUAGUUAUCCCAACGGUACUAACGGUACCAACGGCACCAACGGCGCCAAUGGAAAUACUAAUGGAAAUACCACCACCACAACCGUAACAUCGGCUACUCCCAACGGCAGCACCACGACCACCACGACCACCACCAAGGGAACUACCAACGGUAACGGUGGUCUAUGGACCAGUAGGCGCGCGCUAUCGGAAUGGUUUAUCGGUAGUAUAGACCAGGGUACUACGUCUUCGCGUUUUCUCAUCUUUAAUCGCCACAUGGACCCGGUCGCUAGUCAUCAAAUCGAAUUUGAAAAUCUUUAUCCAGAAUCGGGGUGGCACGAACAUGAUGCUUUGGAGUUGCUCAGUUCCGUAGAGUCUUGUAUUGAAAGGGCCAUUGAACAAUUCACUUUCAAGGGUUACUCCAAGUCCCAGAUAAAAGCUGUAGGUAUAACGAAUCAGCGCGAAACCAUCGUAUGUUGGGAUAAGAAUACCGGUGAACCUUUAUGCAAUGCCGUCGUAUGGCCCGAUACCCGUACCAAAGAUAUCGUCCGAGACUUGAAGAAUUAUCCCGGCGCCCAUGCGAUCCCCGAAAUAUGCGGCCUUCCGCUCAGCACAUACCCCACCAGCGUAAAGUUGGUUUGGCUACUAAAAAAUAACCUGAGUGUGAGAAAUGCUUACGAAGAAGGCCGCCUCGCCGUCGGCACCGUAGAUAGCUGGUUGAUUUACCGCCUUAAUGGUAAAGAAAAAAAUGUCCACGUUACCGACACCACCAACGCCAGUAGGACCAUGUUCAUGAACCUGCACACCCGGCAGUAUGAUGACAGACUACUCAACUUCUUCGGAAUUGACCAGAACAAGGUUGCACUACCCACCAUCGUGCCGUCGUCGGACCCGGAAGCCUUUGGUACAAUCGGCAGAGGCGCCCUGGCCGGAGUGAAAAUUGCAGGCUGCCUAGGUGACCAAUCCAGUGCGCUCGUCGGCCAGUGCGGAUUCAAAGCCGGCCAGGCCAAGAACACAUACGGCACUGGAUGUUUCCUGUUGUAUAACGUAGGCAACAAACCGGUAAUCUCCAAGUACGGCUUGCUGGCGACGGUCGCAGCCGACUUUGGCAAAGGCCGGGAUCCAAUUUACGCCCUGGAGGGUAGCAUAGCCGUGGCCGGCUCUGGCGUAAAGUUUUUGAUGAAGAAUUUGGGAUUUAUUAGAGACUCAACCAGAGUUGGCGAAUUGGCUGAGAGCGUCAAGGAUAACGGCGGGGUGGUGUUCGUCACCGCCUUCAGUGGAUUGUUCGCGCCGUACUGGAUUGACGAUGCGAAGGGUACCCUUUUUGGAAUUACCCAACACACGCAAAGAGGUCACAUCGCACGUGCGACGCUGGAAGCUACAUGCUUCCAGACUCGCGCGAUUCUAGAGGCGAUGGAGAAGGACUCGGGCCAUAAGCUUACAUCUCUUGCUGUCGAUGGCGGCAUGUCAAACUCGGACCUGACGAUGCAAACCCAAGCUGAUGUUACCGGAAUCCGUGUGGAGCGACCGGCGAUGCGUGAGACUACCGCCUUGGGCGCCGCAAUUGCUGCCGGCUUAGCCGUAGAAGGCUGCUGGACUAGCUUUGAGGAGCUCGCGGAGCUCACGCGGAAAAAGCCAGGUCGCCGGGUCUUCGAGCCCAGACUCGACCGAAAGAAAGCUCAGCGCAUGUACCAUACCUGGGAGCGGGCUGUCGACAUGAGUCGCGGAUGGGUCCGGGACGACCAUUCGGACGACGAGAACGAGAAGUCGAGACCGGACAUCUUCAGGAAACCGACGUUGUAAAAGAAACAAAUAAAAAGUUUCAGACGUCGGUCGGAGUUGGGCAGUUCCCCCUCCCCCUCUCGUUAAAUAAUUAUAAACGGCAAUGGGAAGUGUGAUGAGUGGAUCUUUGGGAUAUGAUAAAUCCGGUUGCUCACUAGAUAACGCCUGCACGAAAGCGCUUUUUGCAGGGCGCAAUGACCCUCCAUUCCCUUGCAUUUGGAUAUGCUGUUCGGGAAAAAAUGCCCUGAACAAAUGUUCCUGGGGCAUGCAUGUCAUAUAUACCUACCUAAGGCAGGCAGGCAGGCAAAAGAAAAGGAAAAGGUUAGCUUACCUAGGUACACACCUUUUUUCUUUACUUACCUAACUAUUUAAACCCCUACCUAACCUAUCUUUUGUUUUUUGUGUUUUUAUUUUUUGUAUGUAGUAGAAAGUCGCACAUGCGGGUGGUUGGAUUGGGGGGGGGG